UCAUCAUCAUAAAUAUAAUAUUUAGUCAUAGAAAUCAAUUUAAUUCACAAAAACACACCUAUUCCUGCAGUGGCAGACUGGCUCUUCUUGAAAUCUUGCCUCUCUCUGUCAUGGCUGCCCUUAGUUGGCCGUGUAACACAUUGAGAGCGCUGAAAGCACACCAACAGCCGCUCUUUGGUUUACUAUUUUAGCUCGUUGGUGCAGACUUUCGGCCAUCUUGGUUAGCUCAAAACAUUGCACUGCACGACUGCAGUCAUAGCAUUAAAAAUCUGUUCUAAUGUAUUCAUUUAAUUGAUUUGAAAAAGUAAAGUUUUGAUGAAAAUGGUAACCUGUUGUGCAUUUGGAUGUAAAAACAGAAGUUCAAAGAAGACUCCAGGAGUGACUUUUCACAGCUUACCCAAAGAUGAGAGAAAGAGGUUGGAAUGGAUUAAGGCAAUUCGGAGACAGGGUUGGACACCUUCUCAAUGUUCCAAAAUAUGCUCUGAUCAUUUCACAGAAGAUCAGAUUGAUCGUACAUCACUCUCCUGUGUAAGAAUACGUGAUAAUGAAGUACCAAGGAUAUUUAAAAGUUUUCCGCAAUAUCUUCAGAAGACCAGAAAACCAAGGAAGUCGCCAACUAAAAGAAAUGCAUCUUCUACAUCAAAAAUUUUAUUUUUUGAGGAACUUGUCAUUGAGGAAUUUCCAGAAAUAGACCACCAAUUGGCAGCAUCUGAUACUGUUGUGGAUGUACUGGAGGGGUCAACUGCUACCACAGUGAAGUCAUCAAUAAAAGGAGCAAGUUCUACAAAGGAGGCAUUGAAACGAAAGGUGCAGAAUCUGGAGAAGUUGAAUUCCAAGUAUUUAAAAAAAAUUAAGUUACUUCAGAGGCAAAAUUAUUGGCUAAGAACAAAAAUAAAAUCUGGUUAUACAGUGUUUGACUCUGUUGCAUGCCAGAAAUGCCAGAGUGAUGUCAUUGACAUGUGAUGGACUAAGCACCAACAUAACAAUGCUGACCACUUUGGGUUGCAAGCUUAAUAGUGAGGCAUUGCAGUCCUACUUUCUGCAUCCUGUUACACAGCAAAAAAUGCUGUUUUUUAGACCCAAGUCACAUGGUAAAACUAGUGCGAAAUGUGCUUGGGGAUAAAAAAAUAUAUACUAUCACAAUGAUAACUCCGUUGAUUGGGAUUAUGUAGUAAAGUUGCAUGAGCUGCAAGUGUCUGAAGGGCUUCACCUCGGCAACAAAUUGAGAAGUGCUCAUGUAAAUUAAAUUUUGUGAAGCAAAAAAUGAAGACAAAAUUGGCUUCACAGCUGUUCAGCUAUUCUGUAGCUGAUGCGCUGUUGUUUUGUAAAAAUUCUUUGAAGCUGGCACAAUUCCAAGGGGCAGAGGACACCUGCAUUUUUCGUUUAUUUGAUUUAUUGAACUCUUUCAGUGAAAAUAGUUUUGGACUAAAAAAGGAAAAUUCAAAAAAAGGUUAUCUCUUUCCUGGUGGAAGCCAGAAAGUACAUUAGAAAAUUAGCAUUGAAGGUCAAUAACAAUAAUGUAAAAGUAUUAGCUUCUCCAAGAAAGACUGGCUUUCUUGGAUUUCUGGUGUGUAUUGAAAGCUCUAUUAUGUUGGCAGAAGAAUUAGUUCUGGGUGAAAACCCCAUCCUUGAAAAUUUGCCAAUUUACAAAAUCAGUCAGGAUUACGUAGAGAUGUUCUUCUUCCAAAUAAUGCGAACCAAAUCCGGAGUUAAUAAUAAUCCAACUGCCAGGCAGUUUCAAUCUGCAUACAAAAAAAAAUAA